UCGCAGAACUUUCCGGCUAUCCUUCUCAUCUUGUGAUCACGCCGGGGACCCAUCAAUUCGGUGAUAAUCUCGCUUGAGAACUCCAACACCCCUCCCGAGCCUUCACAGCAACCCUUCGUACUCUUCCAGCACUCCGGCGACAAUCACCAUGGCCCCCCAGAAGCAACGCGAGCCGCCGUUCCAAAAGGACGAGCGUGUGCUUUGCUUCCACAUGGAGAUGCUCUACGAGGCCAAGAUCCUCGACAUCAUGCCGGCCGAGAACGGCGAGGGCUGGCAAUACAAGAUCCACUACAAGGGCUGGAAGAGCAGCUGGGACGACUGGGUGCCUCAGGACCGCAUCCGGAAGUUCGAUGACGAGAACAAGGCGCUGGCAAACCAGCUUCUGGCCCAGUUCAAGGCGCUGCAGUCCGGAAAGGCCGCCAAACAGUCGGCCAAGAAGGGAGGUGCUGCCCGAGCGGCCGCAAAUGGAUCCGACAUGAGCUCGGCGAGGGGCAGCGAGGAACGCACUGCGGGUGCUGCGACGGCAACUGGGCGCGGUCCUCGUAGGGCGAGGGACUAUGAACUUGAGCAGGAGGACACCUUCCACAACCGGCCCUCGAUCAAGCUCAACAUCCCCGACCAUCUCAAGGCACUCCUUGUAGAUGACUGGGAGAACGUGACUAAGAACAACCAGCUCGUGCCGCUUCCCCACGUGCACCCCGUCGAGGAGAUUCUGAACGACUACCUCGCCCAUGAGCGGCCGCAUCGCAAGGAGGGAAGUGCGUCGCAAGACAUCCUGGAGGAGACUGUUGCCGGCCUGCGCGAGUACUUUGACAAGUGCCUUGGUCGAAUUCUGCUAUACCGCUUCGAACGCAAUCAGUACCAUGAGAUGCACCAGCUCUGGAUGCAAGGUGACGAUGGCAAACACAAGAGUGCUAUCGACACCUAUGGUGCAGAGCACCUGGCCCGUCUUCUUGUUUCUCUGCCCGAGCUCAUCGCCCAGACCAACAUGGAUCAGCAAUCGGUCAACCGUCUCCGUGAAGAGCUCACCAAGUUCACAACCUGGUUCUCUCGGCACGUCACCAAGUACUUUGUCAGCCAGUACGAGACACCUGGCACUGAAUACAACGAGCAGGCGCGCAGUGUUUGAAGAAACAUAAGGCCACGCGACACUCGACAUUCCACAAUUAGCACAUAAAGAACUAAGCAAAAAAGAACAAACCCACAAAGAAAGUUGAGGCUGUCGGUGUAGUUGCUCACUCGGUCUAUCAAUCUUCCCCAGGUCUUGACAGCGGGUAAACCAAACAAACC